AAAGUGAACCCUACCCAGUGUGAAGCUGUAACCAUGGUCGCAGCCCAAGUUAUGGGAAACCACGUUGCUGUUACUGUAGGAGGUAGCAACGGACACUUUGAACUGAAUGUUUUCAAGCCCAUGAUGAUUAAAAAUGUUUUAAACUCUGCAAGGCUUCUUGGAGAUGUUUGUGUUUCUUUCACUGACAACUGUGUAGCUGGAAUCCAAGCCAAUACGGAAAGGAUCAACAAACUAAUGAGUGAAUCUCUGAUGUUGGUAACAGCACUGAACCCGCAUAUAGGAUAUGAUAAAGCAGCUAAGAUUGCCAAAACUGCGCACAAAGAAGGGACGACGUUAAAAGAAGCUGCUAUAAAGCUGGGAUUCCUUACGUCAGAUCAGUUUGAUCAGUGGGUGAGGCCUAAAGAUAUGCUAGGUCCUCAAUAACUGCUGUAAAAAAAAAAGUGUUCUCCACAUAAAAAAUAAAUAAAAUAAAUACUAUGU